AUGAACCCAGGUUUUGAGAUGGGUGAACUGGUGCUUCAGGGGUCAGGCUCAGGGGGUUACCUCUGCUUUGCAGACUCGCAGGUUUCCGAAUGUGAAAAUGACUACAGUGCCGUGCACAUCGCCUGCCUGCCGCCGCCAGCGUCCCUUUAUUUCCUGGUGCUUCUUUGUGCCGUCCCUGCUAUCUGUGAUGUUACUAAUUACUUACACCGUACACACGAGGAGCGCCCUGUGCAGUCGGUGCGCGCUGGGCUGGGGGAGCCCCGACUCGGUUAUGCCCAGAGUGUGCUUGGGGCUCGAGGGCGUUCCUACACAGCGGUAUCGUCUGUGCUGCAAGAUGCUGGCUGUGGUCCUCCAGGCAGAUAUGACUCUAUGAAGCUCAAGGGUACCAUUCAAGAGAGUUAUGCUGUUGGUGCGACAGUAGAGUAUGAGUGUCGCUUAGGAUACAUGCUGAAGCCUGCCGCUGGCACAACUACUAUUUGUAAGGCUGAUAAGUCAUGGUCAGUUAUCGAAGAAGCUUGUACAAGAAAAUCAUGUCCCAAUCCAGGAGAACCCAAGAAUGGCCAAGUUAUCCAUGUAAAUAAAACCUUGGAGUUUGGCUCACAGGUUGAAUUUGCUUGUAACGAGGGUUAUAGAUUAAUUGGGCAAAAAACUAUAUAUUGUGAGCUUCUUGAGACAAACCAAGUUGAUUGGAGCAAUAGUAAUCUUCCAGUAUGCGACGUGGUUAAGUGUAUACCACCUAAAGACAUACAAAAUGGAGAAUACAGCAACUAUGGAAAGGAGGUCUAUGAAUAUAGUGAAGCAGUGCGUUAUAAAUGUAAGGCACAUGCACCAGAUCCAUAUUCACUUGUUGGAGCAGAAAAACUGUUUUGUACUACCACCGGGGAAUGGAGUAGUGAGCCUCCUCAGUGUAAAGUGGUCAAAUGUGUGUUUCCAAUCGUCGAGAAUGGAGACAUAAUUGAGGGACGUGCCUCAAAAUUUUACUACAACGCAAAGGUUACAUUUCAAUGCCAGGAAGGUUUUACCAUGACGGGAAACAGAACAACUGUCUGUGAAGAAACUAAUUUAUGGACCCCCCCACUUCCACAGUGUGUUAGAGCAAAUACAUACGUGGGAGAAGAAGGGGGCUACGCCACCAAGUCCGGAGCCCGUCGGACCACCCACAGGCGCCUGCGCAGACCCAAAUUUCUUUCUGUCCGUAAGGUGCCGCAGUCCCGAAGGUUCCAGAAUUUGGUCCCGUUAAACCUUCCGCCGUCGCCCCGCAACCUCUUGUUCCCACCCCUGCCCCCACCACCAUCCCGUGUCCUCCCCACGGGGAUCGCCCGUGCCACCUUGCGUGCCAUCUCCUUAGCCUGGGCUACCCAGAGGCCUCCAGCCCCCGACAGAUUUCUGGAAGCUUGGCAAGUGAGCUGGCAGAGCUGGUGCCCGGUGUUGCUAUGA